GUGUGUGUGUGUGUGUGUGUGUGUGUGUGUGCGGGGUGCAGACUCAGGGCGCUCCGAGCCGCCAGACACAGCCUUUCGUCAGGUGGAUGCGCCUGCAGUGAUCCAGGUCGCCCCUAUGGAUCACUGCGUCCAUGGAUGUCUUCAAACCCGCUUUGGACAAUAGUUUGAGUCCCAAGGCGUGUGUCCCCUCGUCGGAAGAAGCAGAGGCAGAUGUGUUUCGCUGGCCGAGACCGGAGAAUGGCAUCAGCGCCGCGCCGGAUGCGGUGCCCGCAGCCUCGGGCUUCUGGACGGCCGUGUUCGACUACGAAGCGACUGCGGACGACGAGCUCAGCCUGCGAAGGGGGGACCUGGUGGAGGUCCUGUCCAAAGAUUCCCUGGUGUCGGGGGAUGAGGGCUGGUGGACCGGUAUGAUAGCAGACCGGGUUGGCAUUUUCCCAUCUAAUUAUGUGAGCAACGGGAAUGGCAUUCCGGAGGAAAUCCGGGACACCUCGGAGCAGCAGUACUCAGUGCCUCCUCUGCACCUACUGGAGAUUGAUUUCUUCGAGCUGACCCUGGAGGAAAUCAUCGGGGUGGGCGGUUUUGGAAAAGUCUACCGUGCAGUGUGGCGGGGCUCCGAGGUGGCAGUGAAGGCAGCACGACGGGACCCAGACGAGGACCCGGAGCAGACUCUGGAGAGCGUGCGUCAGGAGGCCAAACUCUUCGCCAUGCUCAACCAUCCCAACAUCAUGGGUCUGCUGGGCGUGUGUCUGCAGGAGCCCAACCUGUGUCUGGUCAUGGAGUACGCCCGGGGCGGCCCCCUCAACCGGGCCCUUGCAGGGAAACGCAUCCCUCCAUGCACGCUGGUGGACUGGGCAGUGCAGAUCGCCCGGGGCAUCCUCUACCUCCACAGCCAGGCCAUCGUCCCCAUUAUUCACCGGGACCUCAAGUCCAGCAACAUCCUGAUCCUUGAGAGGGUUGAGAUGGAAGACCUCAGCAACAAGACUCUGAAGAUCACAGACUUUGGACUGGCUCGAGAGUGGCACCGCACCACCAAGAUGAGCGCCGCCGGCACCUACGCCUGGAUGGCUCCCGAAGUCAUCCGUUCGUCUACGUUCUCCAAGGGUAGCGACGUGUGGAGUUAUGGCGUGCUGUUGUGGGAGCUGCUGACAGGAGAAGUCCCAUUUCGCGGUAUUGAUGGUCUCGCAGUGGCUUACGGGGUGGCAAUGAACAAGCUGGCUUUGCCAGUUCCCUUGACCUGUCCUGAGCCCUUUGCACGUCUUAUGGAAGAAUGCUGGAGCCCAGACCCUCACUCCCGGCCACAGUUCACAAUUAUUCUGGACCAGCUGACGGCCAUCGAGGAGUCGGGCUUUUUUGAGAUGCCAGCAGAGUCCUUCCACUCUCUGCAGGAUGACUGGAAACUGGAGAUCCAGGAAAUGUUUGAUCAACUGAGGACCAAGGAGAAGGAGCUGCGAUCGUGGGAGGAGGAGCUGACCCAAGCUGCACUGCAGCAGAAAUGCCAAGAGGAGGCACUGAGGAGGCGCGAGCAGGAGCUAGCCGAGCGGGAGAUCCACAUCCUGGAGCGGGAGCUCAACAUCAUCAUUCACCAGCUCUACCAGGAGAAGCCUCACGUGGAGAGUAGGCAGGGCAAGUUCCGCCGCAACCGCCUUAAACUCAAGGACGGGAACAGGAUCAGCUUGCCUUCAGAUUUUCAGCACAAAAUCACAGUGCAGGCGUCUCCCUCCCAUGAUCGGCGAAGGAGUUUGCUCAACAGCAGUUCCAGUCCUCCGAGCAGUCCACCGAUGCUGCCUCGCCUGAGAGCCAUCCAACUCACUCCACGGGAGGGAUAUAUAGCCUUGGGUCGCAGCACAGGUUUUCAGCAGGAUGAAGAGGAGGAUGAGAGGAAGGGCUCCAGGAAAAAGGGCAGGUCCCGCGGGUGUGGCCCAUACAGAGAGCACAGCGCUGAUGCCAGUGUGAAACCUCCCCAUGAAGGCGGCAGGCAGCGGUCCUGCAGCGCCCCGAACCUUCGCAGAUCCCCCAGACACAGUCCAGCAGUGCCUGGAGUGCCAAGCCUGGUGGAGAUGGAAAAUGAAGACUGCUGCUUCACUGCUGAGCCAGGAGCAGCUCCUGGUCAGUCCUACCUCUGCAUCCCCUUCCAUAAGGAGGGCCACACUGCUGCUGCUGCUGCUGCUGCUGCUGCUGCUGCUGCUGACGGUGAUGGAGAUGGAGAUGAGUACUGCCCCAGCAGCCAGGUUCCAGGGACAUCACCAUGCAGGAAGAGCCCCGGUGGGGGCCGGCGGUCUGAGCUGGUCCUGCUGGGCUGUGGAGCUCUGCUGGCAGCCGUCGGGAUGGGUUGCAGCCUGCUAACUCUGGCCCCGCCUGAGGAGAGCAUCAAAUCCAGAUGGGAGGGUUUCUUCCACAGAACAGGGGGCCAGAGGCGGAGCACCAGCCCCCAGACUCGCAGACUGUUCCGGCGGGAGAGCCCGCUGAAACCCUCGGCGCCCUCGCUGCCCGAGCGAGGCCUGCCCUCCACUUACACGCUGCUGUCCCUGUCAUCAGUGUCCGACUGCAACUCCACCCGCUCACUGCUGCGCCCUGACAGCGAGGAGUUGUUGGCCUGCUGCCCCGCCUCGCCGCUCCAGCAUCUUCCUUUCCCGCCUCCUCUCUCACAGCAUCAGGCCAUCCGAUCCCCCAUCAACCCGCUGGUCAACACCCACCUCGAGAGCUUCAAACGUAACCCCCGCCAGUCUCUCACACCCACGCAUGUACCAUCGGCCCCGAGUUCCUCCCGUAGCCUCCGUAGAACACCAUCAGAUGGGGCCAUCAAGAAGAGCUGCCCUUCUAAUAAUCUGGAACCGUUGAUAGAAAGAACUGCAUUAGAGAACACAGGUAGCUUCAGAGGUUUAAAGGACGACUGUCCUGAAGUACCCCGGCUCCCUGAUCCGAAUCUCGUGUUCCCUCCAACUCCCCGCCGCCGCUGUGCUCCUGAACGCCCCAAAACCCUUGACUUUGUGGCCCGGCCUCGGCCUUCACCACGAGCUCGCUGCGAUGUGUUUUGGGCAGACGCGAGGCCCAGGGGAAACGGACACAACCUGGGUAACGGCGAGUCCCCCGCCCACACCUCCAGCACAGAGACUCCUCCGACUGUAGAGUUUGGUAGAGACCCGGCGGUGCUGCCCACCCCCAUGGAGGCCCCGACGCCCUACUCCCCCCGCAAGAAGGAAAACCUGUUGGAUCGGCUGGACGAGGGGCAGUGCCGGGAUGGAACCGUCCCACUCUGCAGACCGGAGAUCAGCUUUCCCAAAGACUCCCCUUACCGCUACAGACCUGGAUUCUGGUCCUAACUCAGCCUCAGACAGCCCUUCACCGGUCCAACACAAGGACUGUCCCUGCUGGUAGCCUUUGGAUUCUUACAGGUCUGGGUCAACUAGUACUGACAAAAUGGAUCUGUUCUAGCUUUAAUCAGUACUUAAUGGGGUGGCUCAACUCUCCCCAUCUACAAUGCUGUCACUAAAUUACAGCAAGACAUUUACUGUGAAUAUUUUACCUUUCAGACAUUACCAUUUGUGAUAACCCUUAAAUAUGGCAUCUAAAACCAUUAAAACAAACCAUGAAAAGUGUUAGAAAAUAUGAUCUGACCCAGGUGUGGUUGGUAACGCACUAGAGGGACAGAAUAACCAUGUUUUCUUGAUUUCUCUCACUUACAGAAACCCUGUCAUUUGUCAUUCAAGAUGUAAAUGAUUUCUUUAGGAAUACACUGAUUAAUGGCUUUAUAGCAGAAUGGCAUUGACAGUUCCACAAGGCUUUACAUGCUUCUUUUUUUAUUUGUUUAUUUCAAGCUUGUGUUCAAGAUUGUGCAUUUCAUGAAGUGCACUUUCUGAAAGCGUCAUGAAUGUAAAGUUUCAGGGUUUUUUUUUUUUCCAUCGUCCAAAAACCCCCGCCGUUUCUGCUUCUUUGUAAUUUGCCGAUAAAAGCAUUGUUAUUUGAACUCCUCUGUAUAAUUCACUCUCCUGUGCUAGUGGCUGAUGGAUUCCUGUUUUUGUACUGAGCACCUGUCAUCACCAAUCACAUGUACACAGUAAUAUCCCAGGGACAGGGGGAUGCUGUUGUAUAUUAUGAGCACGUCGGUCUUUGCGUUUGUAACAUGCGGUUUUAAAAGCGUGUUAGUACAAAAAUGUCUGACACCGUCUCCAGCCCUGUACGGUGAACUGUAACAUAAAGAAGAAAGUCACUGCUGCUUGGGUUUGAAUUGGAACCGAAACUGUCAGGAAGUCGCAACCAAAUAUACAAGAACUCAUUAAUUCCCCAUUGAGUUCAUUUUUUGUUUGUGACCCUGUCAGGGCAGCUUGUUUUGGAUCCUGACCCAGCAGUUGAGAAACACAUCUCCUAACUGAAAAGGGAACUUUGUAUUUGUUACUCUGUAACUUGUCUGCCUCAUAAAUUGUUGAUCAAGAUAGAAUGAGGGAUGUAAAGUACAGUACGUAAGCGACACUGCACUGAGUGAGUGGCACACAGGUGAAGCGGGCCCUGGUGGCAUGUGGAAGUUCAUUCCUGAUUAUUUAUAUUUGUAAUGAUUUAUUUGAUUUUAUUUAUUAGAUUAAUUUAUUUGAUUUUUUUUUAUAUAUAUAUAAUGCAUUGUAUUUGCCUUGAUUUUGACCAUGAAUGUUUUUAGAGGUAAAUGUGGCUUCAAACUCAGUGCAGCCACAUUUGACUUGCUUCAUAUUCAUUUGUCUGUUUCAUGCAUUUUAAAUCUUCAGGUUGUUUUUUUUUUCUUAACAUCUUUAACAAGGGUGCAAGUAGUUUCAAUCCAACUAGAGAACUAAAGCUGGCAUUAGAUGAUUAAUCAAUAUUUUGAUAAUUGACUGUUAUUUUUUUAAAGUAAAAAUACCAAACAUUCCCUGGUUGCAGCGUCUCAGUUGUGAGAAUUUGCUGCUUUUCUUUAUCUUAUCUGAUAUUAAACAGAAUUUUGGGAGUUUUUGGACUGUUAUCCAUGAGGGGAAAAGCAAUUUGAUGACAAGUUUUUUUUAAUUUAGAAAAUAAUCAACAAAUGAAUCAAUGAUGAAACUAAUUAUUAGUUGCAAAUCCAAAUUAUUUAACAUAGCUAAAUGCAUGCAAACUGAUCCGUGCACAUUGGUUGGUUUUUUGUUUUUGAUUGUUGGACCGGACUAGGGUUGAAUAUUUAUUUUUUUAUUUUAUUUUUUUCAAUCUGCGUGACAAGGAAAAUCACAAUAUAGGAAGAAGUGCCAGGUUACUGGUGCUGUCAGAGGUGGGAAUUCCUACCCAUUAACUGUGACACUGUCAGGUUAAAAAAAAACAAAAAAAAAACAGCUAAUUAUUACUUAUUAACCAAUAGAAACAUGAUCUAACUCUGGUCUUAAUGGUCGUUUCUCUCAUUUCAUUUUCAAAAGUGAAAUCUCAGCCUGGAGGACCGCGUCCUCUUGAGAUUUGAUCCGUAUUUAUCUGAGUGUGACCCAAUGAACAUGUAAACGCGAAUGCUUUUUCUCUGAGGACUGUGCAGAAUGUGAUCAUGCUCAAUGUACAAACACAGUAUUUCAACUAAGGAUGCCUGUUGAAACAAAAUUCUGUUGGGGCUGAGAUGUAGCCACAGUGUCAUUAUCUGUCUGAAAUGUUACCACGAAUAAGCUGAUCUUACUGUUGCUGAUGGACAUCGUCCAGGUUGUGAAUUAUACUGUUAUUGACUAACUUGCAUUUGCACUGGAACACACUGAUUUGAGUAAAAUCAUGGUAAACAAUC